AUGGACCCCUCUGUUUAUGUCUUGCUCAACAACCAUUUUGGCAUCCUUAUUGCAUUGCGAGACUCUGGAUUGACUUGGCAGCCUAUAAGUAUACUGCAUGUUUCUCUUCUCAUAACUAUAAUCACAAACAUGAGUUGCUUACUAAUCUUCUACCAGCUUCUCUGUCUUCUGUUGUUUUGCUUGAGUUCUCAGCCUACUCUUUCAUCCUCUUCAUUUGCCCCUUCAGCAACUCCCCUAUGUUCUCACAACGAGGCUUCUGCUUUGAUGAAAUUUAAAAGCUCCUUUUCCAUCAAACAAACUGCUCCUGGGGAAUGCAAAGAUACUAGCACCCCAUCUUAUCCCAAGACUGAUUCAUGGAAGGAAGGGAUUGAUUGCUGCUCAUGGGAUGGAGUCACUUGCGACAAUAAAACAGGCCAAGUGAUUGGCCUUGACUUGUGUUGCAGUUGGUUAUAUGGUGUCAUUCCUUCCAACAGCAGUCUUUUCCAUCUUCCACACCUGCAGAACCUUAACCUCGCAUAUAAUGAUUUUAACGGUUCCAAGAUGUCAUCUGAGUUUGCUCAGUUUACAAGUCUAAUGCAACUCAACCUCACGGGGUCAGUCUUUGCAGGACAAAUUCCACUGCAAAUCUCCCACUUGUCAAAGUUGGUUUCACUUGAUCUCUCUUGGAAUUAUCCUCAAGCACUAGACGAACGUACUUUGGCAGGGCUUGUUCAGAACCUAACAGAGGAAUAAUUCCGAGAUCAUUAGG